CCACUCAUCAGCAAGGACAAAACGGCGAGUUUCAGUCCAUCUGCUUCAAAUCUUUUAACCUGCCACUGUGUCCAUCUCUUCGCUCUCCUCCUCAAGAAAUGUCGUCGUCUUCUUCAAUCUCAUCGUCGUUUCGAUUAUUCACCACCAAAAUCCCUAGCUCAAUUCUCAAACCUAAAACCCCAAAACCUCCAUCCAUCUCUUUCCCCAAAAGACCCAUCACUUUCCAAGGAAUCCCCACUAUAUCCUCCGCCUCCCCUCCGCCGCCGUUCGCAUCCGCAUCGAGCUCCACGUCCCUGCAGCCCGUCGAGGACCUCCCUCCGAAGCUCCAGGAAAUCGUCAAGCUCUUCCAGUCUGUACAGCUCCCGAAGGCCAAGUACGAGCAGCUCCUGUUCUACGGCAAGAAUUUGAAGCCGUUGGAUGAUCGAUACAAGACGAAGCAGAACAAAGUGGAGGGAUGCGUCUCGCAGGUGUGGGUCAGGGCGUAUCUUGACUCAGAGAAGAAUGUGUUUUUCGAGGCUGAUUCCGACUCGGUCCUUACCAAGGGACUCGCUGCUUUGCUAGUUAGCGGGUUAUCGGGCCGCCCGGUGGAUGAGGUUUUGCGGGUUUCGCCUGAUUUCGCGGUGCUUCUGGGGCUGCAGCAGAGCCUGACUCCGUCGAGGAAUAAUGGGUUUUUGAAUAUGUUGAGGUUGAUGCAAAGGAAGGCGAAGGAGUUGCUUGUGGAGGAAGAAAAUGGAGGGGAGAGUGAGCGUUUCACGGCGAAAAUUGAAGAUAGUGUCGAAAGUUUGGAACUUGGAGUGGAUUCUGAAGUGGGCGGGGGAAAGAAUUCGAAUUCGGGUUUGACAGUUGAUGGUGGGAAUGAGGGUGAGGAUAUUGGAUUGAGUUCUAGAGAAAAUGUUAAGCAAUUGGAACUGGUAGCGAGUGAAACGAGCGAAAAUGUGGGAGAUUCAGGUGACUUGGGAAGCAGAGGGAAGAGAAUUCAGGAGAAAUUGAUGCGAGAGUUAAGUCCUGUGGAAUUGGAAGUGGAAGACAUAUCUUAUCAACAUGCCGGGCACGCUGGGGUUAGAGGAAGUGGUGAUGGGGAGACGCAUUUCAAUGUGAGAGUUGUGUCUAAGGAGUUUGAAGGGAAGAGUUUGGUUAAGAGGCAUAGGCUUAUAUAUGGUUUGUUGCAAGAAGAAUUGCAAAGUGGACUACAUGCAUUGUCGAUUGUGGCAAAAACACCAUCUGAAGUGAGUGGAGGGUGAAGGCACGGCUCUGGGUUUCUCAUGUGAAAGAGGUGACCCGAUUGUUCUGCACCUGUGUCCGAAGUGCCACAGCGUGAUUGACAGGCAGGUAAACCAAGCUCGAUAUUAAGCGAACUGAUCCCAACCUUCCUUCUCCAGGUCUCUGUGUGAAAGGUGCAAGAGAUUGAGUUGCUAUGAGCCUGUCAGAAAAGUAAAGCUCCAUAUCCAGAUACUCAAAUCUUAUAUCGAUUUUCCGAUUAGGGUUGGAGAAAUUUGCGAGGAAAGUGAAGUCGCCGUUGAAGUAUUCCGGUGAGUCGAAGUAGAUGGUGUUGAGGCUUGCAUUGGGGAUGUCAAAUGAUGGGGUUUUCGGUUUGACAACUAGGAAGAGUAUCAAAGUUGCAAUUCCAAAGAAAAUAAGAAUAAGGCUAAAUAUGAGACACGCAAUAGCACAGCACCAUAUGAGCGGAUUUGUCCGCUGAGGUUGCCGCAGUCUUGUUUGCUUUGUCGGUUUACUUGAGACUAGAUUUACUUCAUCAGGUGCUGGGGCUCCUCGAUUCGCAGCGAACUUUGAUAUGAUGAUUUGGGAGAUUGGUGUACUUGGCCUUGGGGACCGGGGCGGGCGUCUGGUAUGCCGUUGGGGCGGGGGUUGAGGUAGCGGCGAAGGUGGAAUUGGAGACGGCGGUGGAGGUGGGAGGGCUAACAUCUCUGAAGAACAACCAGAAGCAAAACAGGUGAACUGAACCUUGUAAUGAAGGGGGAAGAUGAAGAUAAUUGUUUGUUUAAAUAAAUGAGGAAACUGAUUAAAGCAAGUAAAGGAAAAGAAGCUUUUGGUUGAGGGGUAGGAGUGGUAUUUGCAAAAGAGGGUUUUGGUGGAGCUAAAGGUGGGAUGUUUGUGUUUGAAUGGUUUUGCUUUUGAACUUGCUGAUUGCAAGCACUGUUUGAAACAGAAGUGGCCCUGAUCUGCAAAGUGCUUUGAUUAUAAGCACUUUUGAUUGGUUUGACCAGUCGAAGUUGUGAAUGGUUAGAGGUACUGCCAGCUUGCAGCUCUUAUUGAACGCCUAAAAAUGUUUUUAUCGACAACUAAAAAUGCUUCUAACUGUAUUUAGUAUAAAUAGUUAAAGUGCCUUCUACGACAUAAAAACAUUUUGUGAAAGAGCAUAUAUCAGAUGAUUUUUCAUGA